AUGAACUAUCAGUUUGCAAGACGACUCUACGAUACUGCUCUUUCAAAUUAUACUAGGCAUGUUAAACCAAGACAGUUAAGUGCUGAUGUCGUAGAUGUCAACGUCGAGUUCAAUAUACAUGCAGUCAUAGACUAUGAUGAAAAAUCUGGUGUUUUCGUCUUCCAAGGAAAAUUCAAACUAACAUGGUGGGAUGAAAUGAUUAUGUGGAAUAAAAGUGACCAUGGUAAUAUUGAUAUGGUACAACUUUCAAUACACGAUGUGUGGGUCCCAAAGAUUGUUAUUGGAAACAGUAUAUCUUAUCAUUCUUUAUACAAAUUUGACAAUUAUUUUGACAGCAAAAUGAUUUAUGUUACAUAUAUGGAAAACGGAGCUGCCAGUAUUUCUAGUUCUGGUGUUUGGGAGACAAGUUGUAAUAGUGAUGUAAGCAAAUUUCCUUUUGACGUUCAUGACUGUGUUGUUCAACUAGAUGCCCUUGAACCGAUGAGAGAUAUACAAUUAAUGUCUAAAAGUAAGGGCGUAUACAUAAACGCUACAAGUAUGCAUUCUGAAUUCAAGAUUCAAGAGACUUCCUUAUCUUCAGAACCACUGCAUGCUGAUAUCACGUGGUCACAGCUGACAUAUACAAUCAAGCUCGAGCGAAAGCCUCUAUUUAUGAUGAUGAACCUGGUAGUUCCAGUAUACAUUAUAAGUCUAGCCAACCUGCUGGUGUUUCUACUGCCGCUUGACUCUUCUGACAGAGUCGCAUUUUCUGUGACAAUGCUGCUGACAUUUACCGUUUUUAUGACAAUGGUUACAGAUGAACUUCCAGCCACGGACAAGUUAUCUCAUUUCAACACGUUUUUGCUCCUGCAGUUGGUUUUUAGUACAGUUAUAACAGUAUGUGUUUUAUUUAUUCAUUACAUUUACAGAAAAGAGGAUGAAACACACGCAACUCCAAAGUGGGUUGACUGGAUUACAAAUCGGAAGUCUAAGGAAAACAUGGUCGAACCGCUCGAGAAACAUUUUGAAAUCGAAAAGAAAUCGACAUGGAAGAAGAUUGCGAGAAUGGUAAAUAAAGUUCUCCUGAUUAUAUUCUCAAUAGUUAUUCUCGCAGAAUUCGCAUUCUUUUAUUGUGUAAUUUCAGUUUAG